CCUUAUGACUACACUUCAAUUAUGCACUACUAUGCACAGGGCUUCACUCUGAACGGACAUAACACCAUCGUCACCAAAGACCCCAGGUUCCAAGCCGCCAUUGGCCAGCGCGAGGGCCUCUCCCACAUGGACAAGCUCAUAGUAAACACCAUGUACGGUUGCACGGCGAAGCUCCUCGGCCCGUGCGGACAAGCCAGUGAUCCCUGCCAGAACAACGGUUAUUUGAAGAGUGACUGUAGCUGCGAGUGUCCUCAGGGAACUUCUGGGACAUUCUGCGAGACCGUUGGAACCCCUAUAACGAUGCUAUCCUGUAUUUCAACACUGAGAUCGUCACCACCGAAAAAACUAUUUCAACUGUGAAUUACCCAAGUGCUUUUCCUCAUGAUUCGGAUUUCGUGAAGUGGAUUAUCGCCCCAGCGUGCAAUGAAGUGAAAAUAACCUUCCAAUCAUUCGACGUCUAUCAAGCAACAACUCUAUCGAUAAAUGGCGUUAAUACUCUUGCCUGUUGGUACGAUGCCCUGGAAAUCAGGACUACUAACACAACGGUGGGGCAGUGGUACGUAUGGGUUAUUGAGUUGGGAU